AUGUUAAAGUUAUCAGUGUUAUUGUUUUUUUUAAAUAUAACAUUAAUCAGGUCCGCAAGAAUUCUUGCGGUAAUUCCUACUCCAUCUUACAGUCAUAAUAUUGUAUUUCGACCUUUGAUACAAGAAUUAGUUAGUCAAGGUCAUGAGGUUACUGUAAUUACAACGAGUUCUGCAAUUUCAAACAAGCCAGUGCCAAAAAAUCUAACAAUAAUUAAUCUCCAUGACCUAUCCUAUGGGGUGUGGGAAAAAAACUACGUUCCUGUUCUUUCAAAGUAUUCAAAUAGUGUGGUACAAAAACUGAGUGUAGGAUUGGAUUUACUAUCAAAAGUUUUUGAAACACAAGUGAGAUCGAAAGAAGUUCAGGAAAUAAUUCAAAAGAAAAAAGGAGACUUUGAUUUAUUACUAUUAGAAGCAUGUCUGCGACAGGUAUUAGCGUUUUCACAUAUAUUUCAAGUUCCGGUAAUCCAAAUGAGUUCUUUUGCUGGUAUGUCAUUUAAUUAUAAUACUGUUGGAUCUUCAACCCAUCCAUUUUUAUACCCAUCGUUACUACAAGAUAAACUGUACCAUCUUUCCAAAUGGGAAAAACUACAACAAUUUUUUCACAAUUACAUAUUAUCAGAAAGAAUUAUAAUGGAAAUGGAAGAAAAGGAAAAUAUAUCACUCGAGAAACUAUUUGGUGCAAAUAUGCCACCAUUGAACGAACUAGCCAAUAAUGUUGAUUUAUUAUUCCUGAAUGUUCACCCAGUUUGGAUAGAUAAUCAGCCAAUGCCGCCGAAUGUAAUUUUUAUUGGAGGAAUUCACAAACAACUACAACAGGAAAUACCAGUAGAUCUAUUAUCAUAUUUGGAUUCUUCAAAAAAUGGUGUGAUUUACAUAAGUUUUGGUUCAAGUGUUCAACCAUCUUUAUUACCUCCGGAGAAAAUUGCAGUUCUGAUAAAUGUUUUUUCUCAUCUGCCUUAUAACGUUUUAUGGAAGUGGGAUAAAGAUGUUUUGCCUGGACAGACAAGUAAUAUAAAAAUUAUGAAAUGGUUACCACAAUUAGAUGUUCUUAAACAUCCUAAUAUCAAAUUAUUUGUGACGCAAUGCGGCUUGCAAUCUACUGAAGAAGCAAUAGAAGCAGGAGUUCCUCUUAUUGGUCUUCCAUUUCAUGGAGACCAGUUUUACAAUGCCGAAAAGUACGUUUACCACAAAAUAGGAGAGAAGCUUAAUUUAGAAUUGCUUACAGAAGAAAUAUUUAGAGAAGCUAUUGAAACCAUCAUAAAAAAUAACAGGUACCGUGAAAAUAUUAUACGAUUGAGGAAUAUAAUGAAUGAUCAGCCUGAGUCAGCAUUGCAGCGAGCUAUGUGGUGGAUAGAUUAUACAUUAAGACAUGGUGGCGCUAAACAUUUACGAGCACGUGGAGCUAACAUCACGUGGGCACAGUACUUAGAGCUGGAAUUAGUCUUCACGGUUUUAUCAGCGGUUCUUAUUACGUUGGUUUUAAUUUUUCUCAUCAUGUAUUAUCUUUGGAGAAUCAUAACAAAAAACAUUUUUUCGUUAAAAACAAAGCGAGAAUAAUGGCGAUAGGAUGAUAAGUUUUGUAAUUUUUUUUUUAUUAUUUGCAAUAGAUAAACAUUUAGGUUAAAAUAAAUUGUGUUUUGUUUUAAAUCUAAAGAAGCUUGUAAAAUGUGAAUACUAUUGAGCAAAAAAAAAAAUAAAGUUACUGUUACCUCUUUCAAUCGAGACAGGAAAAUAAAGUAAAACAAUAUUUUUAACUUUCACUUUGUGGGAAAAACCUGUAGAUGGUAAUUUCGGACACAUAGAAUGUUUUGAUCUCCGGUUAGAAAAAAUAUUUCGGUGUCAAUACUGAGAAAAUAUAAAAGAACUAACUAAAAAUAAUAUCGUGGAUUUCAUAUCCCCGAUAUCGCACGAGGUCAUAUCCAUAUUUUUAUAAGUAUGAUUAAUAUACCCCGUUCAGCUGCGUGUCAUAUAAUCUGCUUAUAUUUCCAUAAAGAGCGCUUUACAAUGGCGUAAUAUUUUACAGUUACUCAAACUAAAAGGUGAGCACUAUAAAUAUGUUUAUUUAUUAAAUACAAUCAGUUUCUAGCAUAUCCAAACACUAGGUUUUGAGUAAAAGGAAAAAACCGAAAAGAAAAAAUGUCAUUUUAAUUCAGGUGUUUACAUAAAAAUGCCCUUCAUUCAGCAGUUUUUAAAAAUAAAAAAAAAAAGUGAUUAUAGGAGUUUAUUGGCAGUCAUAACCUUUAUCAUUGUUA